AUGAUUAACUAAAGAGUUUUGAUAGUCAACCCAAGCCCUCAGGUGAUUUCUAUCUGUUUGCGCCUGGGGAACAUCCACCUAGCCUGGCUUCGGCAACCUUUCAAACGUUUGUUUUCUCAGAACUACAGCAGCGGAAUUUGUUAGAAUUAAAAGAAAGCAAAAUCCCAACACUUAGCAAAAGCUAUAGAGGUGUCAGUGUGUCUAUGGAGACAGCUUUUCACCCUUUUUUAAAAACCUAUUUAAUUUUUUCAGUCUGAAUCAUAAAACCAACAUGAACUGUUUUUUACAGGUAAUGGUGAGGUAUGUAUUUUGGUUUGUUCAUUAAUAGAGAUCUGUUUGCCAGUACCUGCGCUGAUAAAGCUUCGACAAAGAACGAGUUGACUUCAUUCACUUUGAAAUUCUUUAAGGAACCAUUUGUUUCGUGAUGGCACCUCCAAACGGCAUUUAAGGGUAAUAUUAAAACAGGGCACAUAUUUUGAUUUAUUAUUUUAUUUAAUUUUAUUUUGCAGUAACAGAAGCAUAUAAUACUGUCGCGGAUUGGGAAACAUAAAAAUACGAUAGCUUACUGCACAUCAUAAAGUGGGACUGAGACGUUUUUUGGGGUGAGUUCUUGGAUUGGCGCGAGGUGACUUUUUUGGGAGGGGGCACCAUGGUUGGCACGGGGGGGCCUGUGCCCUCGUUCUCAGUGUGGGACUACGUGGUUUUCGUGGGCACGAUCUUGGCGGCGGCAGCCGUCGGGCUGUUCCAGGCCAUCCGCGGGCGAAGGGAUACCAGCAGCGCCGAGUUUCUGCUCGGGGGACGGCGGAUGACGGCGGUGCCCGUGGCAAUGUCCCUUACCGCCAGCUUCAUGUCGGGUAUCACCGUGAUCGGCACCCCGGCCGAAGCCUAUCGCUACGGAACCCCCUUCUGGCUCUUCGGCUUCUCCUACGCCAUCAUGUCCACGCUCACGGCGGAGGUCUUCGUCCCGCUCUUCUACCGCUUGGGGAUCACCAGCACCUACGAGUAUUUGGAGAUGCGCUUCAACAAACUAAUUCGGACGGUUGGAACGACUAUGUACAUCAUACAGACAGCCUUGUACACGGGAAUGGUGAUUUACGCUCCCGCGCUCGCCCUCAAUCAGAUUACUGGCCUCAACCUGUGGGGGGUGCUGGUGGCUACGGGAGCCGUGUGCAUUAUCUACUGCACCCUGGGGGGCCUGAAGGCGGUUAUUUGGACGGACGUGUUCCAGAUGGUGAUCAUGCUGGCGGGGUUCGUGGCCGUCAUCGCCCAGGGCGCGGUGCUCCGGGGGGGCCUGACCACCAUCUGGGAGGACGCCUACCGGGGGGGUCGCCUCGAAGCCUUUGACUUUGAUCCCGACCCCUUGAAGCGACACACAUUCUGGACCAUCGUGGUGGGCGGCAGCUUGAUGUGGGCAUCAAUCUACGCGAUCAACCAAUCACAGGUGCAGCGGUACAUUUCCUGCCGCACUCUGACCCAGGCGAAGCUGUCUCUGUACUUCAAUAUGGUGGGGCUGUGGGUGACCGUCAGCUUGGCCGUCUUCACCGGCCUCACCAUGUACUCCAUCUUCAGGAACUGCGACCCGCUGGCCAACGGCGACAUCGGGGCGCUCGAUCAGAUGCUUCCGUACCUGGUGAUGGCCAUUCUGUCAGACUUCCCAGGAGUCCCUGGGCUGUUUGUCGCGGCUGCGUACAGCGGCACUUUGAGCACCGUUUCCUCGAGCAUCAAUGCCCUGGUGGCUGUAACGGUGGAGGACUUUGUGAAGCCCAUUUGGCCGAACCUCAGUGAGCGAAAGGUCUCCUGGAUUAACAUGGGCCUCAGUGUGUUCUUUGGGGCGCUCUGCAUAGGCAUGGCAGGUGUGGCGUCCAUGAUGGGAAGCAUUCUACAGGCAGCCCUGUCCAUAUUCGGCAUGAUCAGCGGUCCUUUGCUUGGACUGUACUUCCUUGGCAUGUUCUUCCGAUGUGGAAAUUCAACUGGAGGACUGGUGGGUCUGUGUGCAGGUCUGCUGCUGACCCUCUGGGUGGGGAUAGGGGCGCAGGUGUACCCCCCUCUGCCCGAAAAGACCCUCCCCCUCAAUGUCAGUGUCGCGGGCUGCAACCACUCUCAAGACCUCAACUUCACCACCGCGACACCGUGGAGCAGCGCGGUGACGUUAGCGCCACUGCCGACUCCAGACAGGCCGGUUCUGGCAGACACCUGGUACUCCCUGUCAUACCUCUACCUUUGCCCGCUGGGCACCCUGAUGACCCUCAUCCUUGGCUUAGCGGUCAGCGCUGCCACAGGCGGCUGCAAGCAGAGGAAGAUUCGACCCGAGCUGUUUGUACAGAAGAGCGAUUUGUUCUGCUUCAGCUGCGGAGCGGAUUCAUCCGAGGCCUCAGAGUCCGCAGGGGAGAAGCUGGGUAAGACGAAUCCAGCGUUCACCGACGCCGUGGCAGACGUCACGAUGAAGGAGAGGGAGAAGGUCACCAGGUUCUGAAACAGGCCAGGCUGAGGCCUUAAAAAAUUUAGAAAAAGAUUUAUGCCCCGUCAGCUUUUAUUUUCAGUGGACAUUGGUGUGUGUGUAUUAUAGGUCUGUUUAUCAACAGCGCUGCGUUGUGCAGGCCUUUUUUGAUCGAGGUACUAUCAGUGGACUCAGAUAUUUGCACUGUGAGUGAACUGGUCCCGGUGCAGAUGUGGAUAAUUAGCAUCCACUGAGUGAACGGGUCAGUGACUCGCGGAGCUGAGCACACAGCGCAUAUCCACUGCAGGAAAAGCGCGGUAGCUUUCACAGUGUGCGUGCCACUGUUAAUGCACUGAUAAAGCAGGACUCCAUGUGCUCUUGCGUGCCAUGUUAUGAACAAUAUAGGUGAACCGUGAUCUGAACCCGACCAAAGCCUAAUUAAUUUAUAAUCUUGUGCGUAUUUUGACCUUUUUCUUGUACAAUGGCAUUAAAUAUUUAUGAUGUUUUUUUCCUCCCACAAAAUAAAGAACCCUUCAUUAUUA